CUAGCGCACUAAAUAGUACACACAGUAGUCUGUCACUUGUUGCUGAAUAAUAUGAAUCUCAGAAUUUCCUGGCAGUUUUCCAGAUUACAAGCAGCUCGCUGUACGAAUGUAGUGACAAUUCAGUCACUGAUCAGAUAUAUUAUUGUGCAUGUGGUAUGUACUAUUUUGACAUAAUAUGUAGUAAGUUAGUAUGCAGGCUUUCCGGACCAGAUGCUAACUAGCUGUCAAGGCUAACGCGCUAAAUUUGAACCGUAAGUUAGCAUACAAUCCAGAGCACUAGGCUGAGCUGGUUAGCAGGAUUUGUUAGCAUUUAGCAUAUGUGUGUAAUUUCAGUACAAAGAUGCUGCGGACUCGGAGAGCAGUAAUGACAAAGGAGUAUAAGGAACCGACUUCAGACGAUGAACUAAGGCCCAGUGAGUGCGGAGGAACCAGAGGAAUGGCUGCCAGAGAAGGCGACCAGAGGAAGAGGAAGGAUGAAGAAAGGAGAAACAACUGAGAAGAAACCGGUCACUAAACCUAAAGAGCCCAAACCAAAGGCUGAGAGAAAGCCAAGAGCUCCAAGAGCCGUGAAAGUCAAGAAGAGUGUGGAGAAAGAGAAAGGAAAAGAGAAAGAUAAUGCAGGUUUUCAGCAAGAUGAAGCUCCACCACAAGUACAGGUUAAGGAAGAGAGACUUUCCUUCAGCAUGGACAAGAUAUUCAGUACUGAUGCUAUUGCACAUGAAGGGCCAUCUUCCAGUACACAGCUCCCUGGGGUGAAAAAGGAAGAGCCUGAGGAUGACUUUACCUUUGAUGAACCAGUGCGGAAGAAGCAGAAGACCGCAAGUGCGCCUCAGGGCAAAGCGGUCCACAUAAAGAAUGCAAAUACUUUACGGGAUGAAUUGCAGAUGAACUGGGACCCAUUACAGGUUUUAGCUGAGAAGACUGGAGUGGAGCAGUGGGUCUGUGGUAACAUCGCUCAGCUCCUGAGGGACGAGAACACCAUCCCGUUCAUGGUGCGCUACAGGAAAGAGCUUAUAGGACACAUGGAUGGGGACAGUGUGAGGGAUGUGCAGCUCGCUUGGGAGGAACUCUGCUCAUUGGCAAAGAAGUCUCGGACCAUCGCACAAACCCUGAAGAAAGAGGGAAGUUUGACCUCUGAACUUGAGAAAGCUCUGAAGGACUGCAAAAGUGCUGAUGAACUGGACCAUGUGUAUGCUCCAUAUAAGAAGGACAGUAAGCUGUCAAAGGCUCGACGGGCAAAGCAGCUCGGUCUAGAGUCUGCAGCACUGGCUCUUCUACAGACACCUCAAACACUUGAUCUGCGCUCAUGGAUUCAGCCCGGCACCAAAGGUUUGUCCACUCUUGAGGAGGUUGCCACAGGUGUCGAGCAAAUUCUAGCCGACAUGAUCGCUAAAGACAGCGAGACACUGACCUACAUCCGUUCACUGUGUGAGCGAAGUGAUCUCAAAAUCCAAUCUUCUGUGUCUAAAACGGCACUUAAAGAGCAGCAGCAGGCAGAUCAGAAGAGCAAACCUAAAGACAUUUCCAAAUUCAGCCUGUACAGUUCAUUCUGUUGUAGCGUGCAGAGAAUCCAACACCAUCAGACACUGGCCAUUAACCGAGGAGAGAAUCUGAAGAUUCUGUCAGUGAAGGUUAACAUCCCUGACUGGGUGAAGGCUGAAUUCUGUAGGUGGUGUGUCAACGUCAGGUGGAGGCCUCAGGUGUUUGCACGUCCUGAGCUGAUGAAAAUUUUAAAUAGUGCUGUAGAGGACUCGUACAAGAGACUUCUAUUGCCCAUGCUCAGCAGAAGCUAUAGGACCAAACUGACCACUAGUGCGGAGAAGGAGUCUGUUGCUAUGUUUGUGCGUAAUCUCCGGCAGAGGCUCUUGGUGUGCCCUGUACGCGGACGUGUCCUAAUGGGUGUAGAUCCUGGAUAUCGGCAUGGCUGCAAACUGGCAAUCCUCUCCCCCACCAGUCAGAUCCUGCACACAGAUGUGGUGUAUCUGCAUGGCUCAGGCAGGAAAAGAGAGGCUGACAAACUGCGCCACCUCAUGCUUAAACAUAGCUGCCAGACUGUUGUCAUAGGAAAUGGCACCGCAUGCAGGGAGACGGAGUCUUUCUUUGCUGAUCUCAUCAAAAGUGGCUUUUUCAAACCUUUGGACGUGUCCUACUGUAUCACUAAUGAAGCUGGAGCAUCCGUCUACAGCGUCAGUCCAGAAGCCGUCAAAGAGAUGCCAGACAUGGAUCCAAACCUGAGGAGUGCAGUGUCGAUUGGACGACGUGUUCAGGACCCUUUGGCUGAGCUGGUCAAGAUUGACCCUAAACACAUCGGCAUCGGGACUUACCAGCACGACGUGUCCCAGACCUUGCUGAGGUCCGCGCUGGACAGCGUGGUGCAGGAGUGUGUGAGCUUCGUGGGAGUGGACAUCAACAUCUGUUCUGAGACAUUGAUGAGGCACGUUGCAGGUCUGAAUGCAGGCCGGGCACGAAGCAUAGCGGAGUGGCGAGAAAAGAACGGGCCUUUUUUCAACCGAGAGCAACUGAAGCUGGUCAAAGGCCUUGGCCCAAAGAGCUUCCAGCAAUCCGCUGGCUUCAUCCGCAUCAACCCAGAGACUGCACAAAGCUUUGGCUCAGGUGAAAAUGCCAACUCUGCAACUGCCGAGAAGUCAACAGCUAAGAAGAGCAAAGGCAUAUGCAACAAAAUUAAUCCUCUGGACCAAACGUGCAUCCAUCCUGAGUCAUACAGCAUUGCCAUGAGGUUUUUAUCUCAGAUUGGUGGUAAUUUGGAUCAGCUUGGCAGUGCUGAGCUCCAGCAGCAAGUUAAAAGCUCAGUUAUGAGCAGUGGUCUGGAGUGUUUGGCCCAGUCCCUCAACACCUGCCCUGAAACUUUGCAGCUUAUCGUGGAUGGCCUCACUCAACCACCUGGCUUUGACAUUCGUCAAGACUUUGAGCAAGCGGACUUUAAACAGAGCAUUGUGUCCAUGAGCGAUCUCUAUGUGGGCACAGUUCUAACAGGGCGUGUGGAAAACACCGCUUUAUUUGGGGCAUUCGUGGACAUCGGAGUGGGCCAAUCAGGUCUCAUCCCAAAGAGCUUCAUCACUCCAGAUAAACUACCUGUUGACAAGAGGCGAAGAAGUCUUGCUAUAGGACCCGGAGAGCGUGUUGAAGUUCGCGUUAUUAAUGUGGAUCUUCAAAGAAAGCGGAUCACAUUGGACCUAAUCAGGGUUCUCAUUUAGGCUUCCCAGAUUAAAGUAAACAUUUGAUAUUCUUCUUUUAACAUUUAUGGUUUAUAAUUCACAUUCACACAGAGGCCUGGUCUGCAAAAGUUUUUUUUUUCUUUUUUUUUUUUCAAUAAGAGACAGAGAAAU